UUAGUAGCCUGUUAUGUUGUUGUUGAGAAAGUUGAGUCAGAAAAAGUUAGGCUGCGAGUCUGAGCCAAGAUGCACCACCUGUUCAUGACAUUCAGAGACAGCGUGCCAAAGCAAAGGCAACAGACAGCAGCGUGAUUCAUUUUUUUAAGGGAAUAAAUGUCGUCGUUUUUCUGCCUGGCAACUUUCAAAUGACUGACAGAAAACCGAUCCAACGGGCCGGCUGUGAAGUAAGCUGUGAUAAGGAAGACACUGAGCAGAGAAAUGUCGGUGACACGGAUCCAGGAGAGGAGGAGAAGUCCAUGUGUGCGACGGACGAUUCAAAAGGGAAGAUCCCGUCUCUGCAGGAGCUGGAGGAGGUUUUGCAUUCAGCUCCACGCUCCUGCAGACACGGAGAUGAGGUUUGGCCAAACCUGUAUUUGGGAGACAUGUUCAUGUCUCACGAUAAACUGGGGCUUUGGCAGCUGGGUGUCACUCAUGUGCUGAAUGCAGCACACGGGAAACUGUGCUGUAAAGGCAGCGACGAUUUUUAUGGAACCACCGUGAAAUACCGCGGCGUCCCCGCCAACGACCUGCCAACAUUCGAUAUUUCACCAUUUUUCUAUCCUGCUGCGGAGUUCAUUCACCAGGCUUUGACGUCAGGAGGAAAGGUGUUUGUGCACUGUGCUGUAGGUGUGAGUCGCUCGGCUGCGUUGGUCCUUGCGUAUCUGAUGAUUCAUCACAACCUCAGUCUUCUGUCAUCUGCACGCUGCGUGCUACAGAAACGCUGGAUUUUCCCAAACAGAGGCUUCCUGCGACAACUUAUAGCUCUGGACCGAGAACUGCAGGAUGCAAGGCGGAAUGAGCUGAAGACAGAGGAAAUGUUGGGAGGAGAGAGUGUGGAUGACAUGUAGCAAAGGGCCGAGGUUGGGAUCGAACCCACGGCUGCUGCAAUGAGGACUAUAGCCUCCGUACAUGGGGCGCGCAACAUAACUGCUAGGCUAUCAGCACCAAGCUAUGAAAUCUCAUAAAUACAUCAUGAAAACUUAUUCUUAUCUUAUUCUAAUGUUUCCCUUAUUAUACACUAAGUUUGUUUACAGUCUCAUUUCCAAUAAAUGUAAUAUCUUAUAAAUAAGCGAUAAGUGUCUUUGUACAUCAAC